AUGGGCAGUCAUCGUAAUGUUAGUCGAAGGACAUCAAAAUGGAAAGAAAUUGUACUACGCAAUCAACACAUGGGAAAUAUAAAAGAAGAGUUCAUUUGCAAACUUCCUUUUUUAACGUUAUUUAAUAUUAAUUUGCACUGGCUUUAUCAUUCUUUGUUUUCUCUAGCAUGUCAAGAUGGUGAUGUAAAGUUUACUUUCUCUUACCUUCGCUUUUCAGGCUUAGGUUUGUGGAUUGCCAAUGACUUGAGGCUGGGACAGAUUGGGAAAAAGUUUAAAACACUUUUUAAGCACUUUUGGUCACUGCCAACGAGAUGCUCACUUGAUUUUCAUAAACCAUAUACAUUCAAAAAAGGUUCUACUUCAGCACAACAGUUGUUAAGAUUAAAUUUUAUUCCACAGAUUUUGAAACGUUUAAUUUCUUAG